ACCGGAACCUUGUGCUACUUAUUAGAAACGAAAUGUUUUUUAUAUUUCUUAUUUAUAGUUUAUUUUAAAUAGAAAAAAAUUUUGAUUAGGAAAUAUAAUAAAUAUUUUUUGAUUUAUAAUUUUGUAGAUAUUAUCCAGUGUAAAAUACUUUAAAUUUUGUAAAGCGACAUCUAAGUUAUACAUAGUUAAAUAAAGACGUAAUAAAAACUUUUUUCACGUUUAUAUUAUUAAAUUUAUUAAUUAAUUAUUGAAUGAUCGAUGGCAAUUAUUUCUCAAAACACAAUACGAUUGCCAAUAUUAGUAUUUGUGAAAAAAAUUUUUAUUGGUACAAAUAAUUACAAUAAGAGAUCCAUUAUGACAACUCGUAUAAAGUUUGAAAAAGUUUUGGAAAAUCUCGAGAAAAAUCCUUUUUUUGAGAAAUAUGCUAAUAAAAUAGCCAAGUUACAACAAACUAGUCCAGAAGAAUUCUUACAACGUGUUAAAAAUCAAGAGAAAUUACAAAAAAAAAAAGUCCAUCUCUCAAAGUCUUGUCAUAUUCAGUCUUUAUUUCCAUUUUUAAUAACGAGAACAAAACCAUCAUGGUCUUAUAUUAAAAAAAGAAAUUUUAGUGAUAAUGCAGUUAAAAAUAUAUAUAUUACUACACCUAUAUUUUACGUUAAUGCUGGACCACAUAUUGGACAUCUUUAUACAGCAGUUUUGGCAGAUACUAUAGCUAGGUUCAAUGCUAUGUUAGGACAUUCUGUAUUUUUAAGCACUGGUACAGAUGAACAUGGAACAAAAGUUCAGAAAGCUGCAAACAAUACAACUUUAUCUACUUCUGAAUAUUGCACUCAAAUUUCACAUCAAUUUCAAGAAAUGUGUAAUAUAUUUCAAGUUAAAUAUUCAAAAUUUAUUAGAACAACUGAAGAACAACAUCGAAAUGCAGUUCUUCACUUUUGGAACUGUUUAGAAAAGAAUGGACACAUUUAUCAAGGAAAAUAUUCAGGCUGGUAUAAUAUAUCAGAGGAAGCAUUUAUCUCGAAUAAAGAAAUAAUACAAAAAAAUCUUACAAAUAUUAAUGAAGGAUAUACUGAAUCAGGAGAUAUAGUAGAAUGGAUGGAGGAAGAUAGUUAUAAAUUUCGUCUUACUUUUUUUAAAGAUGAAUUAAAAUAUUGGUUGAAAAAUGAAAAUGUAAUAGAACCGGCGAUAUAUCGCAAAACGUUGAUUUCAUGGUUAGAAGAAUUACAAGAUUUAAGUAUUUCUAGACCUAUCGGUAGAGUGCCUUGGGCAAUUCCUACUCCUUCCGAUGAAUCUCAUACAAUAUAUGUAUGGCUAGAUGCAUUAGUAAAUUAUUUAACUUCAGUAGGAUAUCCAAAUAAUUCAUUUAAAGAAUUUUGGCCACCAACUAUACAAAUUAUAGGAAAAGAUAUUCUAAAAUUUCAUGGUAUAUAUUGGCCAGCAUUUUUAAUGGCUGCUGGCUUGGAACCACCAAAAAAACUUAUAUGUCAUGGUCAUUGGGCUGUUAAAGAUAAAAAAAUGUCAAAAUCUAAAGGAAAUGUAAUUUCACCUUUUAUCGCGAUGAAUGAUUUUACACAAGACGGCCUGAGAUAUUUUCUUUUACGACAAGCAGUAUUGGAGACAGAUGCAAAUUAUAAUAAAUUAAAAGUUCAAAAAAUAUUAAAUUCUGAACUUGCUGAUACAUUAGGUAAUUUAGUUAAUCGUUGUUUUGGUAAAAGUAUUAAUCCAGAUAGAAUAAUAUAUAAUUCAACUGAAUACAAAAAUAUUUUAAACUCUGAAAUAGCUCUUAAAAAUAUAAAAGCUUUGGAAAAUUUAAGUGAAAAAGCUAGAAAAUGUUAUGAGAAAAAUGAUUUAUAUCAUGCAGUAGAUAGUGUGAUGGAUACCUUACGCACUGCUAAUCAAGUAUUUGAAUAUCAUCAACCAUGGAAUUUAAGCAAAUCUAAAGAUCUUGAUUCUGUAAAACAGCUUGAAGCUCUGAUAUCAUUAGUUUUGGAAAAUUUACGAGUGGCAGCUUUAGUAUUAUAUCCCAUUAUACCAAAAUUAUCUUCCAAUCUUCUCGAUUUUCUUCAAGUUUCGAUAAAAAAUCGUAAUUGGGAAGAUACAAAACCACUUCAUUUAACAAAUGACUCGAAUGAAACAAGACAUGUUUUGUGUCAGAAUAUAUUAUUUUUUAAGAAAAUAAAAAAUUAAGAAAACAUUAA